GAAAAAUUCGAAAGUGCACAAAAUGGACCCCACUCUCCACAAAACCUGCAGCACUCAAUUAUACCCACAACAUGCAAACAAUAAUAAACACCACUGAGCUCCAAGUAUUUCUUCUAUAAGUAUAGAUAGACUCUCUUAUUUGAUAAAAAGAAAAGAAAGACUCUCACGACUCUCACACAGCAAAUAUAUCUCCCACUUGUAUUAGCUAAGUUCCAAAAAAGCAGAAAAAAUCCAAAUCUGAAAUCUCUUUCUCGGUUUGUUUGCUUCAAUAUGGCUCCUCUACCUAUUUCUUCGAUUAGAGUUGGUAAAAUAGAGGAUGUUCAAGAACUAAUAAAAUCAAAACCAAACAAAGUUCCAGAGAGAUUCAUAAGAGACGCCAAUGAAAGAGGAGGCUUAGUGUCGCUUAAGACUCACCUUCACCAACCUAUUCCUGUUAUUGAUCUCUCUAAACUCUCUAAACCUCACACUAAUGAUGAUUUUGUAUUUGAGAUUCUUAAGCUCUCACAAGCUUGUGAAGACUGGGGAUUUUUUCAGGUUAUAAAUCACGGGCUUGAAGUGGAUGUGGUGGAUGAUAUAGAGAAAGUGGCUAAGGAGUUCUUCGAGAUGCCAUUGGAGGAAAAGCAGAAGUAUCCAAUGGAGCCAGGGACCGUACAAGGAUACGGUCAAGCUUUCAUUUUCUCCGAAGAUCAGAAGCUUGAUUGGUGCAACAUGUUUGCUCUUGGUGUUCAUCCUCCUUCUAUUCGUAACCCCAAACUUUGGCCUUCUAAGCCGGCUCGGUUCAGUGAAAGCCUUAAAGGUUACUCAAAAGAAAUAAGCAAAUUGUGCAAGAGGUUGUUGACGUACAUAGCAAUAAGCUUGGGUCUAAAGAAAGAGACAUUUGAGGAAAUGUUUGGGGAAGCAGUGCAAGCAGUGAGGAUGAACUAUUAUCCACCAUGUUCAAGCCCUGAUCUUGUCUUGGGACUUAGUCCACAUUCUGAUGGAAGUGCUCUAACAGUUCUUCAACAGAGCAAGGACAGUUGUGUUGGGCUUCAGAUCCUCAAGGACAAUACUUGGGUCCCUGUCCUACCUCUUCCCAAUGCACUUGUCAUCAACAUUGGUGAUACAGUUGAGGUGCUAACUAAUGGGAAGUACAAGAGUGUGGAGCAUAGGGCAGUGACAAACAGGGAAAGGGAGAGGCUUACAAUAGUGACAUUCUAUGCACCAAACUAUGAGGUUGAAAUAGAACCAAUGGGUGAGUUGGUUGAUGAUGAAACCAACCCAUGCAAGUAUAGAAGUUACAAUCAUGGUGACUACAGUUAUCACUAUAUCUCCAACAAGCUCCAAGGAAAGAAGUCCCUUGAUUUUGCCAAGAUUCUGAAUUAACUAGUAUUACUUUCACAACCCUUUCACGAUCCAUUAACUAGUUACCACUUAUUUCUUUUAUUCUUAUAAAAUUUAGGUUUGGAACUUUUGUGUGUCUAAUAAUAGGAAUGUUCCCCACCUAAGGGUGUUGAUGUCAUGAUUGAACUCCCCAAUGUACAUACAACAUGUAUUAUAUUAUAUUGUGUGUGGGUGGAGUUGGGUGAGUUUAUGUGUUUAUAUAUGUACGUCGAGAAGGAACAAAAGAAUAAGAAAAAUAACAUCCGAUCCAUUGUUUUGUUCAUUAUAUUUGUGCAUACAAUGCAAUUUUCUUUAGUUUGUAUCAUUAAGCAUAUAUAUUCAAAAAAUAAUCUUCCUAGUGUUGAGAAAAAUAAAAGAAUCUUCGUAAGUAGUUAUCUAAAUAAUCGUUUUCUUCACGGGAUUUGAAUUAGCAUGCUCAAAGAUUUAUUCGAGCAAUUUGGAAGAAAAAUUCAGAAGAAACGAGACAAAUAAAGACAAUAGGCUCUAUUAUUAUGUAAGUUGUUUUACCAAACGACAAAAGGCUCCAUUAUAUGUCAAAGAACAAAAUAGACAAACUAAUUUUUAUUACUAUUAGUUAAUAAUAGCUCAGCAAUAAUUUUACAUUACAACUAGGUGUUUUCUUGCAUCAUAUGCAAAAUAAAAAAUUUUAAAUAAAAAUUUGUUACUUUUCAGAUUUUAUUAUGGGAAAUUGGGCAAUAUAACCAUUAAAAAAUAAAAAAAGAAGUUUAAUUCACAUACUAGAAAGUUUACCUAACAGAUCUAUACACGCUGUUAUAUAUACAUAUUAAUAUUGUAAUACCCAUUCUCUCAACUGGGGCAACCUGUUCGAAAGAAAAUUUAUAAUAUUAAUUAUUAAUCGCACAAAAAAUAAAUCGUGGCCUACUCGACUUCACAUCUUUCUCUUUUUACAUCCCUUGGUAACUUUCUCGAAGUCAGCACCGAUUUGCUCCACAGCAUCGCCUCCGUUUGCUUUUGUCAUCUCCUUCGUACUCCCAUUCCAAUCGUGUACUUUCUCCACUUGUACCAUCCUCCGACAUCGGACGGCAUUAAAGUUGUAGCGGCGGUUAAUAACAGACCCUUUAUCUUUAAUUUCACCAAGUUGAUUCUUCUCAGAUCUCCUUCAUAUCGGCGAUUACGAUAAGUUCUGUUGCACAAUAUUGUAAGUUCUCUGUGUUGUGCCAUAGAUUCUAUUAUUUCUAUGUUAGCUCUCCUAUUUGGAAUAGAUUCGGCCCUACUAUAUUCUAAGUUGAUAAAUCUAACUCAUCAUUUCUGUUGCAUGUCCAAUCUGGUAAGUUGAGGUAAACAGACGUAAACAAAUAGAUUUAGGGUUGAAAUUUUCUUACUGCGAUGGGGGGGGGGGAAUAGAGAUUUUGGAUAUAAAAGUCCAUUUUGUGAUAAAACAAGUUUAGUUCUGUGUGAAAUAUAAUAUCUUAUGGAACCUGUGCUAUUUGAAAUGGAAAAAUUUAGUUUUAGAGACUGUUUAUGUGUCAUUCCAUUCCUCUGCUAUUUCUGAAGAAUCAUAUCAGAACUAAUAUACUAUUCGCUUUCUGUUCCAUCAGACCAUAUGUUCCAUUCCAUAUCUAUAAAAUAUAUAUAUUAUAUCAGAUGGUUUAAUUUUAAUUGCACAUGUUACUUCUUUACUCGCAUAGGCUAUUUAGAAUUGACACAACUAAACAUUUAACUUAAGCAUAAAAUAAUGCAUAUACUAGUAGCAUAUUUCAUAUGCUGCCAUUUUCUUCCAACUUGUAAACCAAUGUAUGUAUUCAUUUUCAUUUUGUUCUUCAGGUUUGUCAUGGAUGAAUUGGAAGGGUAAUAGUACUUCUAUACUAUUUUAUGAAAUAGAACAUGCUGUGGGUGUCAAAACUUUUCUUCUAAGUAAUCUUCUAAGAUUAUACAAUACCAAAACUUUUUAUAUUAAUUGAGAAGUCACUUAAGGGACUUGUGCUUAGGUGUCAUUCAUAGGUAAAUUUUAGAAUUAAUUCUCUUAAUUUGAUUGGUUGUUGGUAUUUGAAUUUUUAUUUAUUUAAUUAAAGUUUUAAGAAAUGAAACUAAUCCUAUAACUUCCUAAUUUAAUGUAUAUUACCAUACAAACAAUUAAACAUUUUAAGAUAGAAGAAUUAACAUAAUUUUUUUAUAGAAACAAUUAAAUAUCAUAGAUUACAUUAUAGAAAUUUAAAUAAAUACAUGUGGUAUGAUAGAAAUAAUUAUAUAAAGGAUUUUAACAUAUUUACAUUAAUAGUGGAUACAAUAAAUUAUAGAUUACAAGAAAACUAAUUAACGUAAACCUAAUAAUAUUUGUUAUACUCAGUAGAUAUAUAUAUAUAUAUUCUAAAAUGUAAUGAAUGCAAAAGAGUCAAAUAUACAAUUUUAAAAAUAUUCACUCAUUUUUCAGUGACAAAUGUUGAUGGUAUAGUUGAGUUAUUACUUUCAGAAAUGAUUAAAGUAUUUGUAUAUUUAAAAACAAAAAUAUAUAUAUCAAGUCUUUUAAAAUAAUAUUAAAAAAUGAAAAUAUUUAUUAUAACAUAAAAUUGAAAAAUUGGAACAUUAUAUUAAUACGAGACUAAAGUUAAUAUACUCUAUUAAUAUAAUUCUUAUAGCCUUGAUUAUAAUAAAAUUAUAUGGUAAAUUCUUUAAAAUAAUAUUAAUCAAAUAAAAAGUUUAUUAUAAUAUAAAUUUAAAAAAACGAGAACAAUAUAUUAAUGCAUGACUAGAGUUAAGAUUCUAUUGAUAUAGUUUUGAUUAUAAUAAAAUUGACAUGCUUAUUUUGUGAUAUGACAAAAAGAAAGGAUACAUAUAAAAACAGCAGUGAAGAAUAAUAAAACUUGUUUGUUAUAUUAUUGGUUGUAUUCUUUGUUUUUUUAUAUUUUUACGUACUUAAUUUUUUAUAUGUUUGCUGAAAUACAUGUGUUUUACGAAUUACUAUAACUGUUAAUUAAUUAUUUGUAACUAUUUUACUUCUAAAUAAAAGUGGUAGACAAAAUAAUGUGAAAAUAGAAAAUGUUAUAAAAUAAGUUUUUGUUCAUUAAUAUCUGUUUUUUUAUUAAUCAAAAAAUAUGUCAUAAAAAAACUUUUUGGAUACUUAUAAUAAAAUUUAUAGAAUUAACAAUAUAUCUCAAUAAUCUUCUAAGAUUAUACUAUUCCAAAAAAUUUGAUUUUCAAACUAUUUAAAAUAAAAAGGUUAUUUUUAAUAGUUAUGAUUAUUAUUCAAAAUUAGAAAAUUGUAAACAUAAUAUAAAAUUUUGAUAAAAUAUUUAUACCCGCGAAAUCGUGGAGAACCACCUAAUUGUUAUUAAUUACACAUCUUUGACCAAUAAUAUAUUAGGUAAAUAAAAUUAUUUAUAAAAUUUUAUGCAGUUUGCAAUUGAUUUUCAGCUGAAAAUAAGUAUAAUUUGCAAUUAAAUUCUAAAGUAACACUUUUUGUGUAACAAAAAUAAUAAUAUUAGAAUGACACUUAUUAUGAAACAAAUAGAAUAAGAAGCAACAGAAAAUGGUCGGAAGAGGUUUGAAAAAAGUUAAACCGGAAGCGAGGAGACUGGGCAUGGGAAAUGACAUUGGUCAGAAGAUAGGAAAUGGGUGCUUCUAAUGUAAACGAUACAAAAUACAAUUGAUACGAUUUAUUGCGACGUAAAAUACCAAAUGUACUGUCAAAAUAGAUACGAUUUACUGAUACAACAAGUAAAAUUACAAAAUAUCCCUACGACAUAAUUGUAUUUGACUGAUUUAUUUUUUUUCUUACUCAUACUUGUUACAAAUGGAUGAUUAUACAAUGUUAUGAAUUUAUUUAUACCAUAUAUAUAUAUAUAUAUAUAUAUAUAUAUAUGUGUGUGCGCGCGCGCUCGCGCUCUCAGUUUUGCUUUUAAAAUUUUUAACACUAAAAUUAUUUAUAUUGCUGACUUACAUUCUAUAAUAUGUGGUAAAUUUUAUAUUAAAACUUAUUUUAUUGCUGACUCAUAUAGUAUAAUCAUCCAAUUUGUGGCGAUAAUGCAUCUUAUUAUGUACUAGACAUCAUACAAAAAAGUGAAAAACUAUAGUAUGCGGUUUCACUGAAUUGGUAAAUGUAUCGAUCAUGGGAUAGCCAUGUGCAUGAGCAAAUUUUAAAAUGAUAACAAAUAGGUUCAUCAAUGAUUAAUGAAAGAAAGAGAAAAUAAUCUUACUGCCAUUUCCCCACUUAUAAUUCUACAAAUAUACAUGAGUGAAUUGGUAGGAUAACUAUAUUGAGAAAAAUAUUAGAUAAAUAACCAUGUAAUAAAGUAGAAGGUUUGAUGUGACAAUUUGGUAUGAAAACAUAUCAUUUUCUGCUUUUCCGUGCGUAAAAGUUUGGAAAAUGCGAUAUAUAAAUUUUACUAUACUAUAUUUUUUCGAUAUGUAGUAUAGAAUAAUAUACUCAUUUAUUUUUGUUAUAAUUUCGUCAACAUUUUGUUUUAGAAAAUUUUCUUUACUCAGCGGCACAAACUUUGCUCACCACAUAAAAGAAGACUCGAGCAAUUGGAGAGUUGACACCAGAAAAUAAUAACUAUAAUAUAAAACAUAAAAAUAGUAUAGAAAUAAUCCAUUUAUACAAAUAGCAAAUUAGUAAACAUAAUUAUCUUACUAACUGCGCUAGUUAACCCAAACAAAAACAUCCAACCCAUAGAACACAAUAAGGACCUAAACAUAUUACAAUUCUCCAUUAUCAACUGUCCUAGUACGUUAAACCAAACCCAAAAAAAGGGAGAGAGUAACGGAAGGAUGACGAAGAGGAGAGGAAAAAAGGAUAAGAAGAAUGAGGAGAAUAUAAAGGAAUGAAAAUAAGAAAAAAGUGGUGAAAGAUAAAAAGAAAAGGAAAAUGACUAUAUAGUAUAACAUACUAUAUACUAUGUUCACAAAAUAAAAUAGCAUAAUAUAAUCAUCAAUAUAUUAUCAACUGCACUAAGAAAUCCAAACAAAAGAAAAACACACAACCCACAAAAUACAAUAAUGAUCAAAACAUAUUAAAAU